AUUAUCACCAACCCAGAUCCCAUAACUUAAUAAAUUUUCGUCUGAAUAGUGUUUGUGCGUAUAUAACAGCAGGCACGGCAAAUCACAUUUCCACUUUCGUAAAGUCGACACUUUCAACAGGGUAGAAUCCUUAAAUUUUGCUAAAAGAGUACAUAAUUGACAAACUUGCGACAAAAAUGGCCGACAAAGUCAAAGAAGUUGAAAGCCUUGAAUCCAUCCUGGAAUCCAACCUGCCCCCAGACGCUCUGGCAAGGGUGUGGACCAUUUUGUAUGGGACAACCUACCCACCCUGUGGGUUGACAAUUCCCCCAGCCACGGUAGACUUGGCCUCCGCGUCCUCGAUUCAGGUGAAGACGCACAAAUUCUCCGCAGCUUCGGAGCAACUCCGCCCCCCACGCAUCGUACGUGUGGGUCUCUUCCAAAAUAAGUUGCCACUCCCAACAACCACCCCCGUCGCAGAACAGCGUGCGGCCCUACAUAAACUUGCUGAGAAAGCUGUCACGAUUGCCGCUCAGGCUGGCGUUAAUGUCUUUUGCUUUCAAGAAACCUGGACCAUGCCAUUUGCAUUCUGCACUCGAGAGCGACUUCCGUGGGUGGAAUGUGCCGAGCCGGCGGAGGACGGCCCAACAACGCGAUUCCUUCAACAGCUCGCUCAACGUUACAACAUGGUCAUCAUUAAUCCCAUCCUUGAGCGAGAUGGUGGGGAUGUCCUUUGGAAUACGGCCGUCGUGAUUUCUAAUUCUGGACAAGUUUUGGGGAAAACGAGGAAAAAUCACAUCCCUCGAGUUGGCGAUUUUAACGAGUCGACGUAUUACAUGGAAUCCACUCUUGGCCAUCCCGUCUUCGAUACUGCAUUUGGUCGCAUUGGGAUCAACAUUUGUUACGGGAGACAUCACCCCUUGAACUGGGCCAUGUUUGGAUUCAACAAUGCGGAAAUUGUUUUCAACCCGUCGGCAACUGUGGGAGCACUGAGCGAACCCUUGUGGGGCGUAGAGGCCAGAAAUGCAGCCAUUGCCAACAGUUACUUUGCCUGUGCGAUUAACCGUGUUGGAACGGAGAGCUUUCCGAAUGAGUUUACAUCAGGCGAUGGAAAGCCGGCGCAUAAGGACUUUGGACAUUUCUACGGAUCUUCUUACGUGGCAGGGCCGGAUGGGUCUCGAAGUGCAGGUCUUUCGCGGAUUUCGGAUGGACUAUUGGUGGCUGAAUUAGAUCUGAAUUUGUGUCGGCAAGUUCGAGACAAGUGGGGCUUCAGGAUGACUCAACGGUUACCAAUGUAUGGGGAACUCUUUACGAAAGCGAGCAAACCAGAUUACAAACCCCAAAUCAUUGGAGAACGGGAAAAACCAAGAGAAGAUUAGAAAAUUUAUUUCCUUUAAAACUCAUUUUUCAUUGGAAUUGAAGAACUGUGUACUCAACAAAUCAAAUAAAUUAGCAAUUAUUGUAGCGUCCAAAAUUUCUAA